AUGCAGGGCAACGACCAGAAAAGUCCUUUGGGAGACGCAGCCCUCAAAAAGAGUCAUAAGGGAGACGCAGGGUGCGCCAGGAAUUUCCUAAGGGAGGAGCGUCCUAAGGGAGAUGCAGGGAGACGACCAGAAGCGUCCUUCGGGAGAUACAGCCGGCAAAAAGCGAUUUUCCAAAAAGAGGUCUCCAUGCUUUCUGAGGGAGGUAUCCAGGUUCCUAUCCUUCCUAAGGGAGGCAAGAUAGUCACACAGUUGCUCAUAAGGAGCAUCCUAAGGGAGAUGCAGGCUGACAACCAAAAGCGUUCUACGGGAGACGCAACCCACAAAAAAGCGUCCUUAGGGAGACGCAGGGUGCACCAGGAAUUUCCUGAGGGAGGUCUCCAUGCUUCCUAA